GCUUCCUUGAUCCUUCGUUCGUCUGUUUCAAAGUUAUCCAACUGCAUAACGCUAUCACAAUAUCAGAUUACCGACGAUCACACAAAACCAUCAUCGGAAGCAGUAAUUACAUAUUGAUUAUUUCUGAUUAUAUAUAAACAAGAAGAGCAGAGAGCAGAGAGCAGAGAGAGAUAUGGCGAAUGAGGGUAAACCCGACGAGCAGCUUUUUCAGCUUCUUUCGGGUCUUCUUCAACAGGUGGAAUCAUUGACAAACACAGAAGAGGUUGAGCUACGUUCUAAAAUCGAAGCUCUUGGUUUGGAAGUCACCAAAGUCCCAUCUAAGUCUGCUCAACACCUCGAUGAGGUGGGUAUAGCUAAUGAGUUGGAUAAGUUAUCAGCCAAAUUAGACGAUGUUGAUGAGAUGAUAUCAUCAGCUAUUGCUUCUGAUCCACAAGUUCAGACGCUUCUUAGCGGUACUGCUGAUGUUUGGUUGCCUGUUAUUACUGCUGGCACUGAGGAGAGACUUAACUUCACUGCCUCUCCUCUUGCUGCUCCUGAUGAUGAGCAGCUUCCUAAUAAUAAUAAGGACACUACUACUACCAACAAGACCAGCUCUUGAUAAAACACUCAGUUUUCUCUCUUUUGCAGUCUUGUUUCUUUUUUUAUGUAUAUCAACCAAGACCAAGUUUUCUAUUCAUGAGUGACAUUGUUGAUGUUGUUGGAUGUUUAUGCAAAUUCAAUACAACUGUUUUACUUUAUUA